UUGUUGGUUAGCAGGAGCGGGCCAGGUUGAACCCACCAGGCAUGGUAUAUGUGGCCAGCACCCUAACCACUGAGCUAAGCCUGAGUUCCUUUGUUAAACAGAUUAGAAUUCAUAGCAGAAAACCCCUCUCCAAUUCAUCCACUGCAAUGUUUCUUCCUUAGAUCUCAAUGAAAGGUUGAUCUUUCUAAUCUAGCUCCAGCUCAUCUGACUUAUAACUUAGCAGGCUCAGCUCACACAAACAUCUAACACCUUCCCCGAAAGUUCCUGUCACUUCUGUGGGAUGCAGUCCACAAAUCUGGCAUGGGCCCUCAUCAGGGUAGCCACUGUCUGCUGCCUCCUGAGCAGGCCCCCAUGCAGGUCCUGCAACUGAAGACGCUUAGCUGCUGAGGUGAAUGAGCAGCUGCCAUGCCUCAGCUCCCAGCUUCCCUUUUAGCCUGGAUCCUACUGGGGUACAAAAACCUUAACAAGCUUUGGCUUUUCUUAUCUUACCUCCCAAAGGUCAGACCCUGGUUAGUUCCUGGGAUGGAGACUGUAGUUCAUCCUGGCCCCUCCUCUGACUGAGAUGUCUACAUCUCCUUUCUCCUACUGGUCCCUGACUCCGGGUAAGGACUCUUAUCUGCACUCCAGCACUUCAUAAAGCUGAAGGCCAACGUUGCCACCCCCCGAGAGGGGCACUCCCUGCCUGUUCCUGGAGUAUUCUCAACACGAUGAUUUGCUCUUUGGACUCCGCAUUCUGCACACUGGCCAGGUGAACAUGGUCAUAAACCUUCCUUCUUGGGGAUCCUUGAGCAGCCUCUCCCGGAGGUAGACAACAGUGUCACCUGGUGACCUAAGUGGAAGAGCUGGGCCCGGAGCCUGCACUUUCUGUCCUCACACUGGCCUUUCCUUUCUGCCACUCACUGCUUAGCCUGGUUACUGGCUGCGGACGACGCGGCCCGGCCACGUACAACAAAGAUUUUCUGGAAGACGCUCCUGCAAAGCAAGUCUCCGAGCAGGCCAAAUGGGGGCUUGCUUACGGAAAAGGUUCGCUUACGCAAGAAGCGCUGCCUUGUUCCACGUUAGGCGCAGACUGGGAGACAGUAGGCUGCCGACUUGGGAUGGGCGCCAGGACGGGGGCUUGUGGGAGGCCCUCCCGGCAAGGCGUCCCCGGCUCCGCCCCAGCACAUCGGCGCGGCAGGCUACGAAGGACUUGCGGCGUCAGAGCUGCGAGAGCAGUGGGAGCUCAGACUGAUUUGUCAUCUUCACACAGGGAAGGGAGGGCCUCUGGAUCAAACAGAGGAAACUGCCAAUUCAACUUCCACCGACCCCCAAACUUCACUUCCGUUUCCGUAUACGUCACUUCCGCGGUAUUGAGCUAGCUACUUAAGCCUUUCAGAGACCCGGAAACGAGGCGUGAUGCGGCACGUGCAGAGCAAUGCGCUCCCCUGGGAAUUCUGGGAAAUGUCGUUUUCCUGCCCCUAUAAGUGCCGAGGCGGGGCUCCCCGGGGACUGGGGCGGAAAGGGCGGUUCCUGAGCCGUUCGAGUACGCGGUGUUGCGCAGACGCGGAAUCGGAUGCGGUGAAGACGCUACGGGGCUACUAUGGUCGGGGACCGGUUUGCAGGCGGACCGGAAGUGCCCGGCUCCGCGGCGGAAUGCGCUGUGUUCCAGCUCCCCUGAGCGCCUGGGGCCGCCACCCGCAGAACAUGUACCUGGCGCGUCUGACUUCUCAGCUUCUUAAGGCUGUCCCCUGGGCAGGCUGCAGUCGGCCCUGGCCUCUCUCAGGAAUGUUGGGCAAUCAUGCCCACAGGCCCCAGUACAGCACGAAGCCAACAGGCCCAAGGAGAGCUGCCUCCCUCCCUGGUAAGGGGGCCCAGCUGGAGCUUGAGGAGAUGCUAGUCCCCAGGAAGAUGUCCAUUAGCCCAGUGGAGAGCUGGUUCUCUGCCCGGCAUCUCAUGCCUAGACUGGAUGCUGGGGCCCUUGGGGCUGUGGCUGCAGUGAAGUUUUAUGAAUGUCCACCUAGCCAGGUGGGAGAAGGGGCCAAACAGAAGGGUGAGGGGGUCUGGGGUGCACCUUGCAUGCAGUGCAAAAAUGUGCUAAAGAUCCGCCGGCGGAAGAUGAACCACCACAAGUACCGAAAAUUGGUCAAGAGGACACGAUUUCUGCGACGGAAGGUCCGGGAAGGACGAUUGAAACGGAAGCAAAUCAAGUUUGAAAGAGACUUGAAGCGCAUCUGGCUGAAGGCAGGCCUGAAGGAAGCUCCCAAAGGCUGGCAGACCCCCAAGAUUUAUCUGAAGGGCAAAUGAGUCUGGUUUCCCAGUCCCCUGCCCCUGUUGUUGCCGGUGACCUGUUGUAAUAAAUGUGUAGAGGACUCAACUGUC